UUUACAUGAAAAUUUAAUGAGGUUUUAAUUUAAGCAUAAAUAUAAACUCGAUUUUUACUUAAUUGAAAUAACUGUGACAUCAAAUACAUCAAAAUGAUAGACACCAAGCGGACAAUGUAAUAAGCGGACCAUCAACAAACUACUAUUAAAAGUCAAUAAUCUUACGAAAGUAUAAAAUUUAUAAAAUUAGUAUAAAAUUUGAAUAGUUUAUAAUCUUAAUAUUAAUAUUCAAAACAUAUGUUAUGAUUUAUUGAUAGCCUAAUAUUUAUUAGAUAUGUAUAUUUACUUCUUAUUAAUUUCUUCUUAAUCUUAUUAAUUUUAUUUCUCUUGAUAUUUCAAUGCGAUUGGUCAAUUCUUUUUCCAAUCUUGCGAGAUCUCGGAUCGAUUUCUAGCAUCGUGGACAUGAACUUUAAUAUCUGUCUACAAUAGAAGUAGUAAGCCUUAGACCAUAAGAAAUUGAUCAAUCAUAGUCGAUUAUUCUCCUCACAUUCAACUGUGAUUGGUCAAUUUUUUACGAUUUAAGGCUUCUAUUGUAAACGAACCUUUAUUUCACAAAGAGCGAAUAUUAAAGCUUGGUGGAAACUAGAUUAAUGAUAUGAUUUCGAUAUAAUUUAUGUCCUAAUGAUGAGAAAAGUUAAAUCUAACAUUUCUAGGAGAUUUUGUUAUAAAAAUUUAAAAUAAUAUAAUUACGAGAUGGCAAACCGUAUUAAUUCUACAUUAAACAAUUUAUUAACAUCUUACAAAAAAUGGAUUGUAGCAAAUCCGCAGAUACUGUCAGAUAUCGAGGCUACUGUCAGAUGUUUGUCAUACUUCAGUUUUGGACAAUUGCGCAAUUCGAGCUUGGCCGUGGAAUUAAUUUAUUCUAUGCCAAAUCUGAUUGUAUUCUGCAAUGACUUGCUUAUGUACAGUAGCAAAAGUCAACAUCUGAAGAUACCUCAAUUUGAUUCAAAGAUUAAAGUUUGGUUGACAGUGGUAGAAUAUACUGAGGCACUGCUCGAAGUGUCCGCCAAAAAAUUAUGGGGACCAAAGGGAAAGUGGUUAAUAAUCAUAGUUAUACAAUUGUUUAAAACCAUAUUAAGAUUAUUGUUAAUCCAUGUAUAUAAGGAACGAAUGACGAAAAGUCCAGCGACACCUCCUCUUAAUAGAGAAAAAUUUUUUAAUAAAACCAUUGAUAGCAUGCAACUAAAGGAAGGUUUUAUGCUAAAAAGAUCAGGGACAGUUGUUAGAAGUAUAAAAUAUUCAACUCCUAUAGAGAUGCGAACAUGGAAAGCUUUGCCUCCUAUUACAGAUGAAAAUGAAAAUUUAACUAACAACCAGGAAUUUGAAAGAAAUCUUAAACUAGCUGAGAGUCUUUAUGUGACAAAGCCAUUGCUUCAUCUUGGAUGUAUAUAUAUUACGAGCCAGAAACAUUGGCCACCAUGGAUAUUGUCUCUUAUUAUUGAUAUAGCCAGUUUAAAUGUUUUCACUCGUUGUGCACAAAAAACAUUCAGCAAAGGGGAGAAGGAAGAACUUGUACGUCGGAGACUCAGUUUGUUAUUAUACAUUUUAAGAUCACCGUUUUAUGAUGAGUACAGUCGUACUAAAAUAAACGCGUUGCUUAACACGAUAUCCACUUCCGUGCCUUUUGGCAAGUAUUUGGCAAGCGCUGUGAAACAAAAUUUACCAUAUAUGCAGGAUACAUAUUUUUAUAUGUGGUCGCGCUAACAUAUUGUGAACUCAUGAAACACGUCAGCUAAAUUCUGCAAAUACAGGAGUUAUGACAUAAGCAUUCCAUAAUCCAAUAAUAAUUGGAAUAAACAUUAUUAUUAUUAUUAUUAUUAUAUUUUUCUCUAUUAUAUUGUUGCAAAGGGAAUGAAUUUUAGGCAAUGGUGUUUGUAACUGGCAUAUUUCUUUAAUUUAUGGAAAUAAAUUAUAUGAAGAA